UGCAGCUGCUGAAGUAUGGAGCGUGUGUUUGUGCGCGCGCCCCAGCGCGUGUUCAUGAUGGCGGCGGAGGUGAGCGGCAGCAGCGGCAGCAGCGACUCGUCCAGCACCGCGGAGGAGGAGCGCGUGCGGCGGCUCUUCCAGACGUGUGACGGGGAUGGAGACGGGUACAUUAACCGGAAUGAUUUGUUGAUGGUCUGCCGGCAGCUGAACAUGGAGGACUCGGUCGCAGAGAUCAUGGGUCAGCUCGGCGCCGACGAGCAAGGAAAGAUUUCCUUCGAAGACUUCACACGCUGCCGCAUGCAGCUAGUCGGUGAGAUCCGGAAGGAGGAAGGACAGCUGUCGCUCUUCUCCAGCGACUCGGAGAAGAGGAAACUCCGGGAACGCGUCGCCUCCUGGCCGACCAGCAGUGAGAAUAGUUUAGGUGCUCGUGAGAGUUGGGAGUUUGAUUCAGGAGCUCGAGAUUUACAGAGUCCAGACCUGCAGUCCCCGACGCAAGCGCAUCCUCCGCCGCAGAACUCUCCAUUAAUCCAGAAGCUUCUGGAACAGCCUUCAGCGGGGAUACACAAGCUCCUGUCCCAGCCUCCCUCCAGCUGCAGCGGCGCUUUGGGCGGAAGUUACCUGGAACUGGCCAAUACCCUUCAUCUGGCUGCGCUGGCGUCUCUGAAGGGUGACGUGGUGGAGCUGAACCAGCGUCUGCUGCAGACCGAGAGAGAGAGAGAAGUGCUGGAGAAGAGACUGGCCAAAGCACAGUGUGAGCAGUCUCAUCUGCUGCGGGAGCAUGAGGAGGUUCAGGAGAGAACGACGCUGCGCUACGAGGAGCGAAUCACAGAGCUGCACAGCAUCAUCGCAGAACUCAACAAGAAGAUAGACCUGCUGCAGGGCUCCACCAUCAGGGAGGAGGAUGAGUUUUCCGAGCUUCGCUCCGAUCUCAGUCACAGCCAGCAGGAAGUCAACGACGACGACCGGAGCGUCGAUCAGGACCCCGACCAGGCGUCCAUCUCACUGCCUGAAAACCAGUCCACUCUGGUCACUGCGGACAUGGAUAACUGCAGUGACCUGAACUCGGAGCUUCAGCGGGUUUUGACGGGACUGGAGAGCGUCCUGUGCGGCCGUAAGAAGAGCACCUGCAGCCUGUCUGUGGCGGAGGUGGACAGACACAUCGAGCAGCUGACCACCGCCAGCGAACACUGUGAUCUGGCCAUUAAGACGGUGGAGGAGAUCGAGGGCGCUCUGGGCCGUGAUUUCUACCCCAGUCUGUGUGAGGAGCGCGUGCGCUGGGAGAAGGAGCUGGCCGGCCUGCGGGAGGAGAACGAGAGCCUGACGGCGAUGCUGUGCAGUAAAGAGGAAGAUCUCAACCGCACCAAAGCCACCAUGAACGCCAUCCGAGAGGAGCGGGACCGUCUGCGCAGACGCGUCCGAGAGCUGCAGACGCGUCUCCAGAGCAUUCAGCCCGGCGGUCCGUCCAGUCCCGGGCGUCUGACCCCAGCUGGACGUCCCAUCAACCCCAGCACUGGAGAGCUCAGCACCAGCAGCAGCAGCAACGACAUCCCCGUGGCCAAAGUGGCGGAGCGAGUGAAGCUUUCUAAGACACGAUCAGAAUCACUUCCAGCGGAGAGAUCCAUCCUGGGCUCUGAGAUCAGCAGCAUCGGGGUCUCCAGUAAUGUGGCAGAACAUUUGGCUCAUUCCCUUCAGGAUUGCUCCAACAUCCAGGAGAUCUUCCAGACGCUCUACUCGCACGGAUCCGCCAUCUCCGAGAGCAAGAUCCGAGAGUUUGAAGUGGAGACGGAGAGACUCAACAGUCGCAUCGAGCACCUGAAGUCCCAGAAUGAUUUGCUGACCAUCACACUGGAGGAGUGCAAGAGCAACGCGGAGCGCAUGAGUAUGCUGGUGGGCAAAUAUGAGUCCAACGCCACUGCGCUCAGACUGGCCCUGCAGUACAGUGAGCAGUGUAUCGAGGCGUAUGAGCUGCUGCUGGCGCUGGCCGAGAGUGAGCAGGGUCUGGUUCUGGGUCAGUUCAGAGCGGCUGGAGUCAGUGCUGUGGGAGAGCAGGCGGGAGAAGAGAGCAUCACUCAGAUCCUGAAGAAAGCUCACGACAGCAGGAAGACGGCGGAGAACGCGGCCAAAGACCUCCUGACCCGGCUGGACGGCAGCUGCGGCGCGGCGUUCGCGGUGACCGGCUGCAGCGUCCAACCCUGGGAGAGUCUGUCGUCCAACAGCCACACCAGCACCACCAGCUCGACGGCCAGCAGCUGUGACACUGAUUUCUCCAAAGACGACGAGCAGCGGUUGAAGGACUACGUCCAGCAGCUGAAGAACGACCGGGCGGCCGUCAAACUGACCAUGCUGGAGCUGGAGAGCGUCCACAUCGACCCGCUCAGCUACGACGUCAAACCCCGCGGAGACUCGCAGAGACUCGACCUGGAGAACGCCGUGCUCAUGCAGGAGCUCAUGGCCAUGAAGGAGGAGAUGGCAGAGCUGAAGGCUCAGCUGUACCUGCUGGAGAAGGAGAAGAAAGCUCUGGAGCUGAAGCUGAGCACGCGUGAGGCUCAGGAACAGGCGUAUCUGGUGCACAUCGAGCACCUGAAGUCAGAGGUGGAGGAGCAUCAGGAACAGAGACGGCGCUCGCUCAACUCCACCGGCAGCAGCGCUGGAGGAAAAGACAAGAGCGGGAAGGACUCGGGAGAUUCUCCAGCGAUCAGUCUGUCUGAUCUGAGGAGUCUGAGCGACAGCGACCUCGCGGCGGAGCUCACCGGCGCCCUCAGGAGAGAGAAGAAGCUGAAGGGUCGUGUUCAGGAGUUGGUCGCUGCGUUAGAAAGACUCACAAAGAGCAGUGAAGUCCGUCAUCAGCAGUCGGCGGAGUUCGUUAACGACCUUAAACGAGCCAACAGUAAUCUGGUGGCGGCGUACGAGAAGGCCAAGAAGAAGCACCAGAACAAACUGAAGAAGCUGGAGUCUCAGAUGAUGGCGAUGGUGGAGCGGCACGAGACGCAGGUGCGGAUGCUGAAACAGCGCAUCGCUCUUCUGGAGGAGGAGACGUCUCGACCGCACACCAACGAGACCUCGCUCUGAUACACACACACACACACACACACACACUCGUUACGGAGCGCGUUUUGAGGACGCUUGUUACUAUAUUACAGUAUUUCACUGCAGAUUCUUCCAUGAAAACUUCUGGACGGCACUGAUGGAGCAAACACAAACGGCAUCAUGGGCGAUUUCAGACAAAAAUGAUCAUUCGUGAAGUUUCUUCUUCUGAGGAACACAAAAGAAGACAUUUAUCGGGAUGUUCACGCUGCUCUUUUACAUGCAAAAACAGACUGCAAAAAGUUAUUAAAUAUUCCACCAAUCAUACGACAUAAAAAAGUCUUCGCAUGAAA